AUGAGAUAUUAUUUAUACGACUAUUGGCUGAAAGAGUGCGACCCCAGGACUCGCACUCAUUUUAUAUCCCGUGGCGGACCCGAGCGAUGUCUGGCCAUAAUGUUAUUAUGGCUAUUGUUUGUGACCAGAUUGGGACCAAAUAUGAUGCGCAACCGAAAGCCUAUGGACUUACGAGGGGUGAUGUUUGUCUACAACACAUUUAUGGUGGCAAUCAAUGGCUACUUCUUCGUGCGGUCCAUACUAUGGCUUGAUUUCGGCCAAAAGCUACUGGACUUUGAAUUCCCGGCGAACGACGACUACAGCCCUAAGACUCUCAACAAGAUUGACGAACACGUCAUGUAUUGCUAUACAAAAUACAUCGACUUAUUGGACACCAUAUUCUUUGUGCUCCGCAAGAAAAACACUCACAUCUCGUUUCUGCACGUAUAUCACCAUUUCAUGGUACCGGUGCUCGCGUGGGUGGUGUUAAAAAUAGCGCCCACGGUGGUGCCAAUUGGCGUAUUCACCUUGCUCAAUACAUUUGUUCACACAUUUAUGUACUCGUAUUACGCUCUGUCGGCUUUCGGGCCCGGAAUGCACCGGUAUUUAUGGUGGAAGCGGUACAUCACGAUCGCACAGAUCAUACAGUUUGCCAUUUUCAUCACAUACGGUGUGUUCAGUAUAUUUCUCAGCAAUGGUUAUCCCAGAGCUCUUUACUGGUCGGGUAUGUCGUCUGAAGUUUCAAUUGUUUGA